AUGGCGGAUCCGAAAUUAUUCAAAAAAUUGGUUAGUUUUGGAAAAGGUCAUCAAGUUGAAGCUGUUUAUGAAGAUUCUUUAUCAAGUGGAAGCUCAAUUGGAACUGUUAUUUCAUUUCAUGGAUCACCUGGAUCACACAACGAUUUCAAAUAUAUUCGAGAGAAUUUAGAAACUCUUGGGAUUCGAUAUAUCGGCCUCAAUUAUCCUGGUUUUUCUAAUACGAAAAGUUAUCCUGGACAAAGUUUUGAAAAUGACGAGAGACAAAUGUACACCGAUGCUUUGCUCAAAGAAAUUGAUAUUUCUGGAAAAAUUAUUUAUAUUGGACAUAGUCGAGGAUGUGAAAAUGCACUUCAAACAGCAGUUGAAAACAAUGUAAGUUUCAGCAUUUUUUUGUUGUAAAAUUCCUUAUAAUUUUCAGGCUCAUGGCUUGGUGCUUUGUAAUCCAAUCGGUCUCAGACCACAUCGAGGUAUUUCUCCACCUCAGCGACUUCGAAAUAUUGAACGAUUUUAUGACACUCUUCCGAAAUUUCUUGCCGAUCCUUUCAUUUUUCAACGUAAGUCUUGAAGUUUCAAAUAUUCUUGGAAAAAACGAAACAGUGUGUGUUUCGAAGAGAGCACAGAGAAAAAUAACGAAAUAGAGCACACUUGCUUUCCUCAAAUUUUUAUUUUUUUAAUUCACAAAAUUUCAGUGUACAAGUUUGUUGGAUUUCGACCUCAAAAUCCGGAAGAAUGUAUAAGCGCAUUUCGAACUAUGAAUCGAGUUAUGCUAGCUGGACAACUUCCAUUCAUUGAGAAACUCAAUGAGCUGAAGGUAAGUAUUGAUAUUCUUAGAAUUUCAAAUAAAUAUUAUUUAUUUUCAGACAAAAGUUUUAUUCUUGUAUGCUGGAAAAGAUCAUUUGAUGGAGCCGGAAAUCAUGUUCGAAGUUUUGGAAAAAUACAAGGAUUUAGUAGAUCUUGUAAGUUUUUCUAUUUUGAAAAGAAUUUUCAGCGAUUUUAAAAAACAUUGUUUCAGAAAUUCGACGAAGAACCGGAAAUCGAGCAAGUUUUGGAAAGCUUUGAAGAACAUAAAGGCGCUUCAGUCUACAUCAAAAAAGACAACCAUUUCCAAAAUAAAUUCCGCGCCGAUCUUAUCUCGAAAACAAUCAAUUCCAUGUUGUCACCUGUUGUUUUUGUUCCGCAAAAAAAUAAAUUGUAA